CUCCCGACGUCCACCGCUUCCGGCCGCCUCUCGGGGGCGUGGCGGCGCUGGCAAGAUGGCGGCGCCCGAGAAAAUGAAGUUUCCGGACAAACGGAGCCACAAAAAGCACAGGGCCGCCUUGAAGAAGGAGAAACGAAAGAAACGUCGGCAGGAACUCGCUCGAUUGAGAGACUCAGGACUCUCACAGGAAGAGGAGGAGGAAGAAGAAGCUUUUAUUGAAGAAAAACAACUAGAAGAAGAGGAGCUAUUGGAGAUCGAGAGGCAAAAAUUACAUGAGGAAUGGUUGCUGCGGGAGCAGAAGGCACAAGAGGAGUUCAGAAUAAAGAAGGAAAAAGAAGAGGCAGCUAGGAAACGGCAGGAAGAACAAGAGAGAAAGUUAAAGGAAGAAUGGGAAGAACAGCAGAGAAGAGAGAGAGAAGAGGAGGAGCAGAAGCUACAGGAGAAGAAAGAAAGAGAGGAAGCUGUGCAGAAGAUGCUGGAACAAGCUGAAAAUGAGCUGGAAAAUGGUGCCACGUGGCAAAACCCAGAACCUCCCACGGACUUGAGAAUAAUGGAGAAAGAUCGAGCCAACUGUCCAUUCUACAGUAAAACUGGAGCUUGCAGAUUUGGAGAUAGGUGUUCACGGAAACACAACUUCCCCGCCUCGAGCCCCACCCUUCUUAUUAAAAGCAUGUUUACUACGUUUGGCAUGGAGCAGUGCAGAAGGGACGACUACGACCCCGAUGCCAGCCUGGAGUACAGCGAAGAGGAAACCUACCAGCAGUUCCUGGACUUCUAUGAGGAUGUGCUCCCCGAAUUCAAGAACGUGGGGAAAGUGAUCCAGUUCAAGGUCAGCUGCAACUUGGAACCUCACCUGAGGGGCAAUGUGUAUGUUCAGUAUCAAUCGGAAGAAGAAUGUCAAGCAGCCCUCUCCCUGUUUAACGGCCGAUGGUAUGCUGGGCGGCAGCUUCAGUGUGAAUUCUGUCCCGUGACCCGAUGGAAAAUGGCAAUUUGUGGUCUCUUUGAGAUCCAGCAGUGCCCGCGAGGAAAGCACUGCAACUUCCUCCACGUCUUCAGAAACCCCAACAACGAGUUCUGGGAAGCGAACAGGGACAUUUACCUGUCCCCGGACCGGCCGUCCUCCUCCUUCGGCAAGAGCUCGGACCGGGACCGGCGGGAGCGGCCGGGCCACCACGACGACUACUACGCGCGGCCGCGCCGCAGGAGGAGCGCCAGCCCGGCGCACGCCUACAAGAGGAACGGGGAGGCCGAAGAGGAGGAGGGCAGCCACGGGGGGAAGAAGUCCCGCAAGCACGCGUCCCGCAGCCGCGAAAGGCACAGCUCGCGAAGUCGGGGCAGGAAAAGGGACCGCAGCCGGGCGCGCCGCAGCCAGAGCCGGGACAGCCGCAGCCGCAGCCGCCGCAGGCCCAGCCCCAGGCCCAGCCGCAGCCGCAGCCCCAGCCGCAGCUCCUCCAGGUCCCGGAGCCGCGGCAGGAGGCGCUCAGCCAGUAGAGACAGAACGAGUCACAGCCCCAAGUCCAAAUAAACCGCUUUUAUUCGUAAGAGCUUGUAUCUUAUUUAUUACGGCUGCUGCAUACUGGGAUAGACGAUCGCGAGCUCAGGUGAGCUAAAGAAGCUGGCCGAGAACCCUGUUCCAAAUACUUUUCUUACCUGGUGAUCAGUAUGUUUGGUGGAGGAAUCCUAAAAUGUGUAAAUAACAUGAAAUGUACCUGUUACCCUGACCCUUAACGAUAACCAGCUAACACUGGAGUAUUGCUGUAGCUUUUUCCUCUUUGUGAUCAUGAAUUUUUUUUUUUUACACAAAGAUCAUUUAUAGCUGCGUUGAAUGUGCUCUUUUCUCCCAUAUGAAACAUUGUCGUAAUUCAUCAAACCCUAUUCUUCAUGUUACUUUCUGCCUCGUGCGCAUCUGUUUAUUCAGCCCGAUCCCUAUUGUUGGAUUUUUAUUUUAAAUUUUACACGAUUAAAGAAUCCUGUGCUAUAAACAAUCCUGCGGUCUAUUUCCUUAACUACUUUAACACAUUUCU